CACAUCAUCUGUCCUGGCCUGCGUGCCGGUCUCGCCGCCUCCAUCGCUGGCAGCUCCAUCAUCAGUAAGAUGUUAUUGGCAAACAUCGACCCGUUUGGUGCCACGCCCUUCAUCGACCCCGACCUGGACUCACUAGAGGGCUACAUGGAGAAGUGUGUGAUGAACAACUACUUCGGCAUCGGUCUGGACGCCAAGAUCUCACUGGAGUUCAACAACAAGAGGGAGGAGCAUCCUGAGAAAUGCAGGAGUCGCACCAAAAACAUGAUGUGGUACGGAGUUCUGGGCACAAAGGAGCUGCUGCAGAGAACCUACAAGAACCUGGAGCAGAAGGUCCAGCUGGAGUGUGACGGUCAGUACAUCCCUCUGCCGAGUCUCCAGGGAAUCGCUGUGUUGAACAUUCCCAGCUACGCAGGCGGGACAAACUUCUGGGGCGGGACCAAGGAGGACGACAUCUUCUGUGCUCCGUCGUUCGAUGAUAAGAUCCUGGAGGUGGUGGCUGUGUUUGGGAGCAUGCAGAUGGCCGUGUCCCGGGUCAUCAAACUGCAGCACCAUCGCAUCGCACAGUGUCGGACAGUGAAGAUCACCAUCCUGGGAGAUGAAGGUGUUCCCAUCCAGGUGGACGGAGAAGCCUGGAUCCAGCCGCCCGGGGUCAUCAAGAUCCAGCACAAGAACCGGGCUCAGAUGCUCACCAGAGACCGGGCGUUUGAGAACACACUGAAGUCGUGGGAGGACAAACUCAAGUAUGACAAAGGUCCUCUGAGGCCACACCUCUACCCACAGCAGUCUGUGGACCUGGCCACUGAGGAGGAGGCCACGCUGGUGCAGAUGUGUGCUCGAGCUGCUGAGGAGCUCAUCACAAGGAUCUGUGAGGCUGCAAAGACCAACGGGCUUUUAGAGCAGGAGCUGGCUCAUGCUGUCAACGCUGCGUCGCACGCCAUCAACAAGACACACCCCAAGUUUCCAGAGAGUCUGACCAGAAACACGGCGAUAGAAGUGGCCAGCACGGUCAAAGCUCUGUACAACGAGACCGAGUCUCUGCUGCUGGGCAGAGUCUCUCUGCAGCUGGAUCCUCCAGAGGAGGAGCAGCUGUCUGGAGCUCUGCAGACGGCCGAGCUGGAACUGGGAAAACUGGGAGAGAUUCCGUGGCUUUAUCACAUCCUGCAGCCCAACGACGAAGAGGAUCACUCUCUGGGUUACGGCAAGAGGAACAGUCGCAGCAGCAUGUUCCGCAUUGUCCCCAAGUUCAAGAAGGAGAAGACGUCCAAGAAGAUGAGUCCUCAGUCAGUGGAGAGGUGGGGCACAGAGGAAGUGGGCGUGUGGCUGGAGCAGCUGAGUCUCGGCGAGUACAGAGACACCUUCACCCGACACGACAUCCGAGGGGCGGAGCUGCUGCACCUGGAGAGGAGGGACCUGAAGGAUCUGGGGAUAUCGAAAGUGGGUCAUAUGAAGAGAAUUCUCCAGGGAACUAAAGACCUGGCCAAGGCCUCCAUGAUUGACCUCUAACCCGGAAGCAGACGCCACCGGAGACACGACCUCCCCCCCCCCGUGAUGAAAGCAUGAGUGUUUGAGGAGAGGAGAGCUGGAUUCAUCCUCUCUGCCUCCUGUGGCGCAGUGAAGGAGAAACACGACGAGCAUGUUUGUGUUUGUUUGUGCUCUGGUGCCAAAAUGACAAGAAGAAGAAG